UAUUGUAUUUUGAAGUGGAGUAUUGUAUACGGGAACUUAAAAUAUAUACAUAUAUAUACAAAUGCAUAUUGCAUAAUCCAUUGUUGUACAUAAUCCAUUCUUUCUUGCAUAUUUAGGCGGUGAUGACGAUGAGACAGUCACGACUUACGGCAACUCCAGAGGCCCAUUCCUCAGGAAAAUGGAAAACUCUGAAGAACACUCGGGAACAGCAAGUCGAGAUAAGUUGCUUAAUAACUUGUUUUCCAACUACAAGGUUUGCAAUUAUCUAGAGAACUCUACAGACAAAUUGGGGCUUUCCAUCAUAAGCCUUGACUUUGUGAGACGGCAGCUACAUAUUUACUAAUAAAUAAGUGGAUAAUAGGUAGGGGUUGUGGAGAAAAGGAGAAAAGUAAAACAUGUUUGCUUAUUUUAGUGCGAGGAACGUAUGAAUAUGGAUGUCUGGAUGCGUUAUAGUUGGCAAGAUAAUCGACUCGUUUGGGACGAAAAAGAGAGUGGUAUCAGCGUUCUCAGAGUACCGCAAGAGUCAAUCCGAAUAUGAAGUGCGUCACUUCGAAUGUCUUGUUGUAUCCGAAUGGAAGGACCUUUCCGAAAGGUGCUCGGGUCCCUCCUUGCAGCUAUUUUUUCUUAUAAAAAAGAUGUAUAGAAAUGCGUCUCUUCAAAACUGUGUCAUCAGUGGUCAUGGAGCAGAGGUCUGGCAAGGUCCAUCCCAAAUGACGAUAUGGACAACGCCAUUCCAUUACGAGUCAUUUACAAAUUCGGGACGUUCGUCAUUAGUUUGCACCACAGAGACUUUGCAUUCUUCUGAUCAUUUUAACCCCAGAUCAUGUCACACUGUUGAAAGAGAAAGUGAACAAGUUCCGACCUAUGAAUCUGUAGUUACCGUUAAUACUGAAAUUGUUCAUAUGGGACAUGAUGGUUCCCUUCCAACAUACAAAGAAUACUUGAACAUGGGCUAUGAAAGAUGACUGUGAGCAUGUUGUAAUUUACAUUAAAAUAAUUUAAGAGGUUUGAGAGAUUUCUUAUCCAUAAUUUUCUAGUCUAUGAUAGGAUCUGAUAAUUAAAGUAUUGUCUCAAUUAUUAUGAAAUUAGAUUAUAAAACAUGCAAUUUCCCCGAAUCAGUGUAUGUAAUUUAUGAUACUAGGAUGAUUUUUGUAUAUUUUCACAUAGAUUGCAAGUUGCUAAUUAGUGUCCACGCAUCAUUAGUGUCUUACGAGAGGAGCUACAUAUGUAUGUACCUAGUCAUUAGUAAGUAGUUUAUUCUAUUCUCGAUUUGAUUGGAAUAAAUGCUUCGUAUGUUGGACUUGUGAAUUUUUAGCUACCCUGUUAAAUUUCUUGUACACAUAUUUACGAUGGUUGGAUUACUUGCCAUCACUUGGAUUACACUUCUAACCUUGUUCUUUCUAAUAUUCUCCUUAUUUGUCUUCAGAACGUGCAGACAGCAUAUCGGCAGAUUGCAUACUCAACCAUCUUCAGACAUCGACACUGGAGGAAUACAUAUUUCUACAUUUCGUGUAGAAAAUCGUGUAGAAAAUCUUCCAACGCCUGCAAUUUUUCCAAUUUCUCCCCCGCAAUAUGUAAAUUGUAGAGAUUGUACAGAACCAAGCGCUGUUGUUGGGAGAACACCAUCGAACACCUAAUCAUUUCAUAUCUACAGUCUUAUAGCUGCAAAUGUAAUACGUCGUGAGGAGUCAAAGAGCUCGUAACGCACAUGAAGAUGAGAACAGCAAUAUCUGGACGAGGCAAAGUCCACCCAACUCAACACCAAUCUCUCAAAAUAUCUCGAUCAUAGCUGCGCCGUCAUAUUCCGAAGUGGUCGACAACUCACACGAUUUUCCUUCAGUUUUAUACAUCAACGAAUGUACGAAGAACAUCGAUACUGAUGAUCCACCACCAACUUAUCAAGAGUUUUUAACCAUGAACAAUACUCGCAAACAGGAGAACAAUUUAUAGCAUUUCAUGGACAUACCUGUUUUUAUUUUACUCUGUGAUAAUGGUAAAUUUAAUUUUUUUAUACGACUUAAGUAAAAAUAUAAAGUGUAGGUAAUAAAUACAAGACUCGUCUCAUUUUAAUAACUCAAGAAAAGCCAAUCUACAAAAUACGGCUUCAUUGUUGUAUAAUAUAAGAAAAAUAUAAAAAUAUAAGUGAUCGUAUGGAUCAAUACGUCUGUGUAUAGAAGUUAGAUAACAAUAAACAUAUUUAGUUUUAAUAAAC